AUGGACAACAACAGACCCCCUAGAUCUCCGCAACGGGCCAAACGCACGAGAACCAGAACGGGAUGCUGGACGUGUCGAGAAGCAGGCUACAAAUGCGACGAGAUAAAGCCCGAGUGCGGGCGUUGCACCCGACUACAUAUCCACUGCAAGGGAUAUGGCCUGAGGCUCAGAUGGCAGUCACCGGGUUCCAGCAUACGACGCCGUUCAACUGGGAACCAGUCUCAGUCUCCCCCGCCUAAUCCAGCACGCGGCCUCUCACUCCGUCCCUCAGAUAUGACCUUGGAGCAAUAUAAGCUCCUCCAUCAUUGGACAGUGCAUACGUCUCCACUGCUCUGCAUUUCCGGUGUCGACCAGGCGAACCCGUUUCAGAUGUACCUGACUCCAAUGUCGCUGUGCGAUGGUAGCCGCCCGCUAAGGCAUGCAGUGCUUUCGAUCGCGGCUAGCCAUCUUACAGCUCAAGAGGGUGGUACUGGUCCUUCGCAAAAUUAUGCGCUUAUGGCGCAGAAUCACCGGAUCACAGCAAUUGCGUCGCUCAGAGAGAAGCUGAGCCAAGGCCUCACCAGCGACGCGACGCUCGCCACGAUCCUACUGCUGGAAAUCAGCAAGCAGUUCGACAGCUCUAAUCCUCAAAACGACGGUGACGUAAAUCACCUCAUCGGAGCAAAAGAAUUAAUCCUAGCACGCGGGGGACCGCAAUCAUUGACCUCUCCAUGUGCGCGGUUCCUAUUGAAUCAGGUUCUCUACCACGAUUUACUAUCUGCCGUUUCGCGCGGUAGUGAGCCCUUGGUUCGCCAUUAUUGGCCAAGUCUCAAGAAUGCACCUUUCCUGCAGCUUGAUCUAGAGUCAUUGCGCGGAUAUCAUCCGACUGUUCUGCAGGCCGUGGCACGGAUUAGUGAGCUGAAGGCCGGAAAAGAGGUAUCUUUCUCGUCUGGUCAAGAUAUCGCUUUGGCAGACUUCACAUUCGCAGGUCAAGAGGUGGAGACCGAGCUCGAGUCAAUGGACAUCUCCGACUCUACGACAGCCGCAUCUGAUCAGGCUUGCACAACCGAAGCCCACCGCUCCGCCGCCCUCAUCUACCUCUACCGAGUCAUUUACGACAUUGGCGCGCCGCACCCGCUUACGCUGUCCCAGGUCCGACGCUGCAUCGACUCGAUGGUUUCAGUACCGGUUUCGUCGCCGUUGAUAUCAGCCCAUGUCUGGCCGCUAUUCACUGCUGGAUGUGAAGCCACGGAGCCGGGGGACCGCGAGUUCGUUAAGCAGCGAUUGACCGAUAUGUACCGGCAACGGAGGAUCCAUUCUCUGCAAAAAGUGUGUGAGCUGAUGGAGAGGGUGUGGCUAAGCAAAGACUACAAGCGGAGUAUAGAGGGGGCAGAGGAGAUGAGUCGCGUUGGGUGUAUUGAGGUUGUUCGGGGGUUGGGGGAGAUGUUGUAUCUCGUUUAG